CACUCAAACAAGGAAAGGAAAUCCCUAUACAACGCCGAUGCUGCGAGAUUUCGGAGCUCAAAGAACGAGUUGCUAAUGGCGGGGGAGGACACGCCCCGCAGGCACCCGCAUGCCGUGGACGAUCCGGAGACGAUUGUAGAAAUGGUUCACCAGAGCAUCCGAAAUGCUACACGGAGGAGGAAAUUGGGAGGGGCAGGAACACCGAACCCGAUCGACGGGUGCUGGCGCGGGGAUCCCAACUGGGCGGACAACCGCUUCCGGCUGGCCGACUGUGCCAUCGGCUUCGGGAAGGAUGCAAAGGGAGGCAAGGGCGGGAAGAUAUACGUGGUGACAGACAACGGGGACGCCGAUCUGGUGAACCCGAAACCGGGGACCCUACGGCACGCCGUCCUCGAAGACGGUCCGACGUGGAUCGUGUUCGAGAAGGACAUGACCAUAACCCUGAAGGGGGAGCUGAUCAUGACCAGCUUCAAGACCAUCGACGGCCGCGGCGCCGACGUGCACAUCACCGGGGCGGGCUGCGUCACCGUCCAGGACGUCACCAACAUCAUCAUCCACGGCGUGUCGAUCCACGACUGCGUGCCAGGGGGCAACACCAACAUCCGCAGCUCGUGGAGCCACUACGGCUUCCGGGGAGUGUCGGACGGGGACGCCAUCUCCAUAUUCUCGUCCAGCCACAUCUGGAUCGACCACAACUGGCUCUCCAACUGCAAAGACGGGCUGGUGGACGUGGUGGAGGCGUCCACCGCCGUCACCAUCUCCAACAACUACUUCACCAAGCACAACGAGGUGAUGCUGCUGGGGCACAGCGAUGGUUACCUCGCAGACAGGGACAUGCAGGUGACCAUAGCCUUCAACCACUUCGGAGAAGGUCUGGUGCAGAGGAUGCCACGGUGCAGGCUUGGCUACUUUCAUGUCGUCAACAAUGACUAUACCCACUGGGGGAUGUAUGCCAUCGGCGGCAGUGCCAAUCCCACCAUCAACUCCCAGGGCAACAGGUUCACUGCCCCUGACGCCCGUUUUUUCAAAAAGGUGACAAAGGAGAACGAUGCACCAGAGAGUGUGUAUAAAACGUGGAACUGGAGAUCAGAAGGAGACCUAAUGCUCAAUGGGGCAUACUUCCCCACCACGGGGAACCAAGCGGCCAAUAUCUAUGCAAGGGCGUCUAGUUUGGGGGCAAGGUCAUGUCUACAGGUGCCUAUCAUCACCGCUAAUGCCGGUGCUCUUAGGUGUUCCCCGGGAACUCCAUGUUAAACUCUGGCCCUCUCAAUCGACGUGCCUCGCUCUAGCUCAUCAACUGGGCACGUACUACGUUUGUUGUUUAAUUUCUCGAUACCGUUGUAAUACUACCGGAUUGUUGUUUCAUUUCUCGAUACGUUGCAAUACUACGUAGUUAAGACCUACUCUUUUUUUCUUCCUCUUUUUGUGUUAUCCUUAUUAAUUAUACUUGAGACAUGACAUGAUGAUGUAAUGAGAUAUAUAUACUUAAUCAGCUUGUUGUUCCAUUUUGCUUUGUCAUUUUACCCCGUGCGAUGCACAACCUAAAUGAAAUUAGUUUCUAAUA